GAGAUGAAAGAGAGAUUAGCGCGGGCAGGAGAGUUGAAGUCUUUUUCUCCAUCUCCAUUGGUGAGUCAGUGUAAAGACAGAAGAACUACACAGACAUCAGAAAUCAGUACUUCAGUCUUCCUCAGGAUGCCUGAUCCAGGUAUUUUCUCCCCUGCACUCAGCAAGUUACCAGUUUCAAGACUGUGUUCAGCGCUCUGAAGCAGAUUUCUACUGCAUGCCUUGGAUACAUGCUCCUAAUCAGCUUACGAGCUUUUCUUGACCUACGCUUCUUUUCCUAACGCUGAUCUGACUAUGGCUGUCCUCAGAGUAAAAUUCACCAAAACUAAGAGGGACAAAUUGGCUCAGAUCUUAUGGAUCCUCAACUGGGUUUCUGUAGUGAGCGGGAUCAUUCUCUUCAGUCUUGGCCUCUUUCUGAAAAUAGAGAUCAAGAAGCGCAAUGAAGUGAUGGCAAAAGGGGACGUUAACUCUGUCCCCAACAUGCUGCUCUCUGUAGGGGUCAUAGCAUGUAUCAUCAACUUUCUGGGUGGCAAAAUCUGCUAUGACUGCUCAGAUGCCAGCAAGUUCUCUCGAUGGAAACUAGUUAUGCUCCCAUACAUCGUAUGUACCUUCUGUUUUACCUUUUGCAUCCUGGUGGGUGCUCUCAUGUGCUAUACCAUGAGGAACGAGCUGGAAGAGUCUCUCUAUCUGGGACUGAGGGAUGCUAUUAAGUUCUAUAAGGACACGGACAUACCUGGACGAUGUUUCUUAAAGAAAACAGUGGAUAUGUUACAAAUUGGAUUCAAAUGCUGUGGAAACAAUGGCUUUAGAGACUGGUUUGAAAUUCAGUGGGUAUCUGCUCGUUAUCUGAAUAUGGCUUCCAAGGAAGUUCUGGACCGUCUAAAGAGCAACGUUGAUGGAAAGUUCUUGGUGGAUGGAGUACCCUUCAGCUGCUGCAACCCAAGCUCCCCGCGGCCCUGUAUCCAGUACCAGCUGACAAACAACAGUGCUCACUACAACUACGAUUUUCUGACAGAGGAACUCAAUAUCUGGGUGAAGGGGUGCAGAGAGGCCCUGCUGGAUUACUACACAGCUAUUAUGAGAUCUAUUGGCAUCGCAGCAUUGCUUAUUUGGUUGUUUGAGCUCUCUGUACUUAUUGGUGUCCGGUACCUACAAACAGCAAUGAAGAAUGUCCUUCUGCUAGGAGAUUUGGAGGGCGAGUCAGACGGCUGGUUACUAGAAAACAGCUUUGUGGAAACUGCCAAAUACAACAUCAGUAUCAUUAAGAACCUCGGCAAAGCCAACCAGAUCUCCACUGUCUCAGGCAUGAACGACCCCAACAUUGACGUUCAAAACACAAACUGUGGCAAAACCAAUGUUACAACAAAAUCUAUCCCAGCAGCUAGCUAGGCAAGGCUUUGAAGAAAUGACAUCACAAGUGUAGCUUUGACAUAUUAUAGUCUUACAGGUACCAGGUUUUUCACUGGUGGGGAAAAAAAAAAGGUAGGAAAACUAAUAAGACAAUUGAACUAACCACAGACUGGUGACAGCUCCAAAAAUGCUGAUACUUCUUUGGCUGGAUGUAUUUUUACUCAUUCCUGUGAAAUCCCUGAUUUUCAACACUGCACAAAAGAAACUUUUGGAACUUUCCCCACUUCUCUCCCUUGCUUACAUACUUCUGUCAUGGUCUGAAUACAUCAGAAUAAUCAUUAUGCACAAGCAAACGUUCCAGAUAGAAUGGGUCUACACCUACUAAUAUACAGAUUGGUCUACUAUGUACCAACGAAGUUUGUCAUUACUGUCAUUACAUCUAUAGAAAUCCCAGCAGCAGGGAAAUCCCAAAAGAAAUUACUACACCAGAUAAAAAGAUGCUUUAAAAAAGGCAAAAACUGUGAAAUGAAAACUCUGUUAGUCCAAGUUAGGAUAGGGGAAAUUUUAGCCCAAUUAUACAUAUAUUGCAGCCCUUCUAAAAGAACCUACUACCUAGGUGAAAUUGAGUUGAAGGCAAUGAAAGCAUAAUGGUUUUGGGUAUUUUUUUUUUCCAAAAUAGUCUCAAGUAUCUCUUCAUUUAUACCCCUCCAUAGUUUAGAGAAAACCAGCUGCCAUACCUCCCUGAAAAUCAAUGGCUACUGCUGAAAGGAGUUCUCGGCUCAAGAAAACUAAUUGGCAGCUCAUGCCGGGAUAUUUAAAAUUCCAAGUAGCAUGUGAUAGCACAAGUUUAAAAACAAGCAGAUAUUUCCCAUAAAACAAAUACUGAUGAUCCUAGAUGUUUAAAAGCUCCUAAUUUCAAAAGUACUUACAUAGAUCCAGGGGCUGGAAGACAAGGGAUUAUUUGGAACCAAUGAAUGCAAAGAUAGACGGACAGAUCUCCCAUCACGUUCCUAGUACAGCACUCAGGAGCUUUGCCAAUGCAUGGAGUGAAAGCCUUUGACACCCAAGAUACUUGUAGUUACAGGAUGCCCUAUGACUGUAAUUCAUCAUUAAUAGUAAGCAGGAAAAACAUACCAAUACAGAAUAGAGGAUAAAAGACCAAGUAAAAUAUUUUACUCGUUAUUGUUGUGAAUAAUACACUGUUUGAAUGUAACAUUGGACGGCUUGUGCAUUCUUUGUGUAUAAUCAAGUAAAAGGAAGUUCUAUCACUGGGAUAUUCAAAGCAGAACUAUUCCUGCUUUUGAAGUUGUGUGAAAGUAACAGUAAAAAUUCCUUUACCUGUCUAAACAAUGUUGUUUUCUAUAACACUAGAAUAAGCAAGAAUUAUACUGUAAGAAUAUAUUGUAAAUAAAGUGUGUGAUGUAAAAAACUGUACUGUAAUUCAAGCAGGCUAUAUACAUGAUCAUAAUUUCAAAUGCAAUUGCUUCACUGCUUAAAAUUUUAGGCCUAUACUUCAGUAUGUUAAAAAUAAAAAUGGACAGAUGGGGGUCUGUCUGCAAUAGUAGCCUGUAGCAGAUGUUUUGCAAAAGGCACAUAAGAGGCAAGACCAUUAGAAAAUAGUUCUUUCCCUGACAAAGCCUCCCACCUUCCAGCAGUUUGGGACUUGGUAUGACAAUGAGGGUAUUUGUAUCACUGUGUUUUAUUAAAUCUCAGUGGACAUUA